CAGUUACAAUUGAGACUAUACAUGGUCGACAUUUUCUACCGCUCCAAAGUCCAAACUCGACAGAAUCGCUCUCUGCAACUCCGAGUCUCCUCCAUCUUCGCUCUUCCGUCAUCUCCAAACUCGACAAAGUUUCUUCCUUUCUCUUGCUCUCUUCCAGGUGAAUAUUUGAAGAAAUUAAUUGACUAUGAAUGAAAAUAUGAUACAAAUGCAACAACAACUCACUAAGCUUGAAACUGAAGCUGAGUAUCUACUUUUGGCACGGCUUCAGGUUGUGGAAAAUGACAGGUUAAGGAAUGGGAACAGGGAAGCAUUAACAGCACUCAGGAAGAAGGCACGUACAACAAAAACUAGUGUUCCUUCUCCAUUUGACUCUAUUAUGAAGGAGAUAGUGGGACAAGGUUCCAAAACAUUGGUUCAAGAAGUAUGUCCGACCUGUGGAAAUCAUGAUGCGACUGAAAAUAUGUGGAUGAUGUUCCCUGGAACAGAUGUCUUUGCUCAGGUCCCCUUUCAUGCUGCUCAUACCAUUUUAGAAGAAGAUCAAGAGCGGCUCGACUCUAAUUUGAAGGAGCUGCAAAGUCUUCUCAAAGAGAAAUCUCUGAUAAUCUCGGAACAGGGUGCUCUUUCUGACAAGAUUAGCCCGGGGACUCUUAGGUCUUUAGUGACAUUAACAGACAAAAAGUAAACAUUCCUAACCAAAUCCAACUAGUUUUGAGUUUUUGAUCCUGUACUCUGUAGUCUGUAUAAUCUGAUUCUGUAUAUCCAUUAUCCAUCUAUCUAAGGCAUCAAAAUU